CAGCUGCCCGGACUUUCGACGCAGAGGACACGCUCCUAUCUUGCUGAUGUCAUUCCUCAAAUUCAUAAUAUUAUUCGACUUAUCGUUGGAUGUACCCGCGAUACUCUUGACGAUUCGUUUACACUGUUAUACCAAAUAUUUCUACUUCGUUGCACCUAAUAUAGCCCCUUUUUAUUUAUACAUAUGGAUCAAAAUCAAGGGCUCUCACUCCGGACAUAAUCAACGAACUGCGCAACAAGUUUUACGAGAAUGAGAAAAAUGUUUUGGCUCAAAACGUAUGCACCAAAAUCGAUCCUCUCGAGGCAUGCAUGUCUCGUAAGUACAUCGAAGAGGCUCAACAUGUCUUCAACCACAAAGUCGAGUUGGAAGGAAAGCCGAUUACAAAUCAGAAGAACUCUGGACGUUGCUGGAUUUUUGCCACUCUGAAUGUUAUGCGAAUUCCGUUUAUGCAACAGCACAACUUGGAGGAAUUUGAAUUUAGUCAGGGAUACUUAUUUUUCUGGGAUAAGCUCGAACGAUGCAAUUACUUCCUACACAACAUGGUGAAGGCAGCUAGGUCAGGAGAAUCAGUGAAUGGCCGGCUAGUGUCAUGGCUUCUACACGACCCAACAUGCGACGGUGGUCAAUGGGACAUGAUUGUGAAUCUCAUAAACAGACACGGUCUUGUUCCAAAGAAGCUGUUUCCAGAAUCAUUUAGCUGUGAGUCUACCAUGCGUAUGAACAGCCUACUGAAAAGUAAGCUCAGAGAAUUUGGAAAAGCUUUGCGAGACAUGAUUGCUAGCGGAGCGUCAGAUGCCGAUUUAGAGAGUCAGAUCAUUGAGCAAAUGACAGUGAUAUAUAGAAUCAUUGGUAUCUGUCUAGGUAUUCCCUCAGAGAAAUUUACGUGGGAAUACUACGACAAGACAAAAAAUUACAAUUGCAUUGGACCGAUAACACCGGUUGAGUUUUAUGAAAAAUAUGUCAAGCCAAGCUUCAAUGUCGACGACAAAGUCUGCUUAGUAACUGAUCCCCGGCCAACAAAUCCAUAUGGCAAACUCUACACGGUUGAUUACUUGGGAAAUGUUGUCGGUGGACGAUCAACAAUAUACAACAAUCAACCUGUCGAGUUACUGAUGAACCUCUGCGCCGAAAGCAUAAAGCAGAACGAACCAGUAUGGUUUGGCUGUGAGGUCGGCAAACGGUUUGCUAUGAAACAAGGCAUUCAAGAUCUGGAGGCGCACGAUUUCAAACUAGUAUUCGGGACAGAUGUUCAAAUUGGUCUAACCAAGGCGGACAGAUUACUAUAUGGAGAUUCUAUGAUGACUCACGCGAUGGCAUUUACUGCAGUCUCUACCGAUGCAAACGGAAAGAUCAAGAAAUUCCGAGUUGAAAAUUCGUGGGGAGAUGAACGUGGUGAGAAAGGUUAUCACGUGUUAUCUGCGGACUGGUUUUCAGAAUUUGUGUUUGAAGUAGUUGUGGAUAAAAAAUAUGUGCCUGAUGACGUUAUGGCUGUGUUUCAACAAGAGCCCACUGUUCUACCGGCAUGGGAUCCUAUGGGGACUCUUGCACAAUGAUAAGCGCUUUUCAACAAGUACCAGAAACAAUUUAUUCUUAUAGAUGAGAUAAAGUUCAAUAUUAGGGCUGUUCUGGAGUCGAUUUCAACACACAUUCACACACAUAAAAUAAUAUCCCAGUAUCUCAGUAUAGUACAUAUAUUAUAAAGCUUCAAACUAAUUUUAAUCCUAAGAAUACUUUUUCUCUUUCAGAAGAUUGGUAAAAACUUGCAUAUGCUGUAAGCACUUAGCUCGUGUUUUCACAUCGUGCUUUCAACUCAUCGCUCGCAUAUUAAAAUCACUGAACACCUAUUACUCUUUCAGAAUCUCCUUGAUAGGGCAGAAUUUUUAUGUAUAAUCUGACAUCGACUCCAUCCCUGCCUGAGGGACAGACACUCCUUUACUAGCAAAAAAUUUCACGUUUGAUUACAAAGCUGGAGUGAUCAAAAAGCGUAAAUAAACCCUGGCAAAUACUUUUUAUAUUUAAAUUGCGUAACAGUACUAGACAAUAGGUGGCAAAAAUAUCAACUUGAAAAAAUCUAGACGUACUUUAUAAUUUGGACGCUCACAUUUCAUGAAAGGUGCAAAUAAUUUUCUAAUAGAUCAGAUUUUACUGCCUCCUACCUUCUGCUCUAUUCAUGUGGAAAAUGAAUCGAAUUUUCUGCUGGUCCAAGUCUUUAUGUCCCUUGAUAAGUGCAUAAAUGAACUGCACGUGAUGGUGUCAUCAAGAGUAAUGUCUCAGCAAGUCAAUUUUUUAUAACAAUUGCUCACCGUUUAUUCUUAGAGAUUUAAGAAAACAUGUAUAAAAUAUGAAACAAAUAUACGUAGCCAUUUGUGUACACCUUUGGUGAGUAGCUAGGCUUGUUAAGUGAAGUCAUGUUGCUAGUCAUUGACCAAAGAUAGAUUGUCAAAGUAUGCCCAAUAUUGAAACCGCGACCGAUUGCACACAAAAUUACCAAAAAUAAUCACAUCUAAUCAUAACUACAUUGUUUCUGUUUGACCAAUUGAUGGAUUACGUUGAUGAAUUCGUGGACAGAUAUUUGUCAAAUCAAUUAAACCUUUCUUGCGCUACUAUAUUUUAUGUGUAUGCAACAUGGGAUUAGGUGAAACUGAACAAAAAUUCAAAUACACUGGUACGAACCAAAUAAUAUAAUAUGUACUAUGAUAAAACAUUAUUUACGCUAUGACAAGAAUAUUUCAAAUAGAUGAAGGAACAUUAUAAAUCUUAUUCUUUUAUAAGAAAAUUAACCUACAUUAGAAUCAGAACUACACAGCAAAAUAUGAUUUGCGAAAUUUAAUGUACGAUUCGAAUUUCAGCAGUAAUUGUCAAUUGGGGAAUUAUAGGAUUUCUAAAAGACAGACACAAGUUAGUAAUUUAAUAAUAAAAACGAAUAAAAAAAUCUACCAAACCUUAUGUACAUACAUCAUCUAACAAUAAGUGUUGUGUUGUGUUUAUUAAUUAUAAUGAAUCAGUUUGUAAAAUUAUUUUUUCCCCCAAUAAACUCUCCAUCAGUCAUAUAA